AUGGACCAGCUGGGAACCCACAACAUGAAUUUAGUGACCUAUGAUGAUGUGCAUGUUGGCUUCACUUGGGAAGAAUGGACUUUGCUGGAUCCUUUCCAGAAGAAUCUCUACAAAGAUGUGAUGCUGGAGACCUACUGGAACCUCACUUCUAUAGGGUACAUUUGGAGAGACAAUACUACUGAUGAACAUUUUCAAAGUUCCAGAAGACAUGGAAGGUAUGAAAGAAACCAAACUGGAGAGAAACCUGUAUAUUUUCAAUGUGGUAAAGCCUUUGCAUAUGAGAGUCAUCUUCACAGGCAUGAAAGAACACAUAGUGGGGAGAAAAUCUUUGAAUGUAAUCAGUGUGGUAAAGCCUAUAGUCAUCAGAGUAGUCUUCAGAUGCAUAAAAAAACUCAUACUGGAGAAAAACCCUAUGAAUGUAACCAAUGUGGUAAAGCCUUUGUUCAUCACAAUAUUCUUCGAAGGCAUGAAAGAAUACAUACUGGAGAGAAACCCUAUGAAUGCAAUCAAUGUGGUAAAGCCUUUGUUCAUAACAAUGGUCUUCAAGUACAUAAAAGAAGACAUACUGGAGAGGAACCCUAUGAAUGUAAGCAAUGUGGCAAAGCCUUUGCACAAUAUGGUCAUCUUCAAAGGAAUGAAAGAUCUCAUACUGGAGAGAAACCCUAUGAAUGUAUUCAGUGUGGUAAAGCAUUUGUGCGUCAAAGUCAUCUUGAAAUGCAUAAAAGAACACAUACUGGAGAAAAACCCUAUGAAUGUAUUCAAUGUGGUAAAGCCUUUGCACAACAGAGUAAUUUUCAAGUGCAUGAAAGAACACAUACUGGAGAGAAGCCCUAUGAAUGUAUGCAAUGUGGUAAAGGCUUUGCAAAGCGUGGCAGUCUUCAAAUGCAUGAAAGAACACACAGUGGAGAGGAUGUGGCCAUAGACUUCACCCUGGAGGAAUUGGGUUGCCUGGAGUCUGCUGAGAGGCCUUUGCCUGGCAAAGACGAGUUGAAGAACUAUACCAACCUGGUCUCUACAGGACAUUCUGUGUCAACACAAGAGCUCUUCACCAACCUUGACCAAAGCAAACAUUCCUGGAAUGAGGCCAUAGAGCAGAGAGGAUUUGAAGAACCUGGUCUUUCUGUAUCAAAACCAGAGCUAGUCACCUGGCUUAAACAAAACAAUGAACCCUGGAUCAUGAACAUAGAAGUAGCAGAGGAUAGAGAACCAGAGGACAAUGUCACCCCAGAAAGAGCUGCGAGGGCAAGGAAAUACCAGUCAUUAGUGGUCAACCAAUGUUUGCUCUGGUUUUCCACCAAGGCUAUUGUAAAAGGAGCCAUGGAACCACACUGA